AUGACUGGAUCCUCUGGCUCGAUUCCCUGGUCCUCGACUCUGGGCAUGACAAACAACAGAGAAAACGCUGUAGACAUCUCUCCCGCCUUCUUUAAGGACGCCAGAGAGAAAUUUGGUAGAGGGGAACGGAUCAUGAUGAAGACCCUCGAUAUUGAGAAGAUGCCUGUAGAUCAAGGCUUUAAAAAGGAGGCCUUUGAUCUCGUUAUUGCCAGCAAUCUUUUGAAGCCCGGAGGGAAGCUUAUACUCGUUGAGGGUACCAGUUCCAACCUACUUAGGACCUCUUUCAUCUUCGGCUGCUUGCCGGGAUGGUGGCUAUCAACUGAGGCGUAUCGCGAGUGGGGACCACUGGUCCCUUUGGACAGGUGGGAUAAGCUGCUCCAGGAUAGCCAUUUCACCGGAGCGGAUUUCCUUCUGGACGGCCCAGACAAGGCAAAUUCAUUGAGUAGCGCGGUAAUCUCAACUGCGUGCCCUCUCCCUCGGUCUAACAGCGACAUGCCAACAUCGUCGAACAUUCUCAUCCUGAGGAGAGAGAGCUCGGUUUUGCAGCAGUUUUUAGCUACCUCAAUACGCGACUUACUACAAGAGUCGGAACUGCCUGUCAGCAUCAUGGAUGCUUCUGAACUACACGAGGUUCCCAAGGGAGCUACUACCAUGACUACUGUGGCAAUGGCCAAUAAGCUGCUUUGGGUGACACGGAGACACAAUAGCCCAAAACCAGAUUCGUUGGAGCAGGACGCUGUGCUUGGCCUUGCACACUCCCUUAUGUCAGAGAACGAGGGCCUCAAUAUCGUGACCCUAGGACUGGAAGAUCUCGAAAUGACUUCCCGCCCAGCACAGCAUAUCCGGGCAGUGUUGCAACACUAUUUCUGUGUCGACACCUCCUUACUGAGCAUAAAUGGCGAGGAGAUCUUUGAUAUCAGUGGCCGCCUGUGCUUAAGUCGUGUCUUGCCGGCAGAAAAAAUAGCGAAAGAGAUCUGGAGCAUGCAGCAAUCCAAGGCCCAUAUGGAUAACGAUGUGCGCAGCCUUGGGAACAAUGAAAUUGAUAUCCAGAUACGCGCAGCUACGGUUACACCAAAAAUUACCACUGGCCAACCUUCUUUGGGCCAGGAGAUGAACGGCACCAUCACCCAGAUUGGGUCAGACGUGCAAGGCACCUUUCAGGUUGGCGAUCCCGUUGCUGCUAUCGUACCGCAUUGUGGCACAGCAUCAAUCAAAGAUCUGAUUCAGUGCCCGGUUGGUCUCGCCCAUAAGAUCCCCGACGAAUUGUACAAAAAGGGAGAAAUUGUUCUGCCACUCGACUUGCUGAUAGCAUACGACUCGCUGCACAUUUGCGCGCGGCUACAGGCAGGGGAUCCGAUAAUCAUCCAUGACGGGGCUAGUUCACUCAGUCAAGCCGCGAUUCAACUCGCUCAGUUCCUGGGUGCAGAGAUUUUCGAAGCUAUAGCGGAUAUGUACUCUAUUCCCGCUUCGCACAGAUUUCCACAACAAGGCCCUAUGCUGACGAUGGGAAUCAAACGCCUAACCCACGGUCGAGGCGCGGAUGUCAUGUUCACCCCAUUAAUUGCGAAGGAAUCAGAUCAAACAGCAUGGGUCUGCUUGAAAGAGUAUGGCCGAGUUAUUGAGGUGGUCGACAAGUAUGCACGUACUUCCUCCGGAGCUAUACCUCCCCGGCCUCGACUGUUCAAUCGAAGCAUCAUGUCUGCCCGACUGGAUAUUCCGACGCUUCUUCACGACGCAGAGAAAAUUGCAACUAUCUUGCCUGAGGUCAUGCGUCUGAUAGAGCAUAAAUCAGUGGUUCCUGUACAGCCUGUCAGAGUACUCACCUUCUCUGAGUUUGAGAAAUCCGGUGGUGUGAAGGCUGUCGAGCAAACUCGAUCAGCCAAGGCUUGUAUUUCCUUCGACUUGAACAACCUUGCCGCAUCUAAGCCGCAACUAUUUGACUCAACAUCGACAUACCUCAUUGCCGGGGGCUUGGGUGGUCUUGGAAGAAGCAUAGCCAAAUGGAUGAUUUCCAAUGGGGCCCGAUAUCUCGUUCUCCUCAGUCGGCAAUGUACAGGAAGCCCUGGGGCAGAGACUUUCCUUGACGAAUGCGCGACCAUGAGCGUGACAACUUUCGCACUCAAGUGCGAUAUCAGUGAUGAAAGAGCAGUCAGUGAAGUCUUCCAGGAAGUACAGCGGCGGAUGCCUCCCAUCAAAGGAUGCGUCCAGGCAUCUAUGGUUCUCAAGUCUGCAAUGUUCGCGAAUAUGACCCUCGACCAAUGGAACGAAGCACUCCGCUCGAAGGUGCAAGGCUCGUACAAUCUCGAUCGCCACCUGUCAACCCAGCUUGACUUUUUCAUCCUCUUGUCGUCCGUGUCUAAAGUCGCGAUGAGACAGAAGGCAGUUUCGAUCGACCUGGGGAUUGUCGAAGGGGUUGGAUACACGGCCGAACAUGAGGGCGUGGGUUCUUUCAUGCGCUCUCUGGGCUUACAGCCCAUCCCUGAAGAAUAUCUCCUUUCCAUACUAAUAUAUUACUGCGAUUCCAAGCGUGAAAUCCGUCACCCUAGCGACGCCCAAAUAGUCGUUGGCAUCAUGGAUCAAGAUGAGAUGCAGCGAAGUGGACUUGUGCGCUCGCGAUUUUACUCGCGGCCAUUGUGGGAUCAUUUGCAGCGACGCAUGAACCCAACGCUUGGCGGGAGUAAGGUUGUUGCUGCUCAACGACCGAAUAAGAAGGGCCCCUCAUCGCUGAAACUCCCGAUUGCUGCGAGCGAUGAUACGCUUUCGUCUACUGUGGCAGGUGGCAGUCCAGACGCGGUUAGUCGGGCCAUCUGCGAAAGGGUUCCGGAUGUGCUUGCUAUCAACGCUGAUGAUAUUGCUCCAACGAAACCGUUGCAUAUGUACGGGGUGGACUCAUUGGUUGCGAUGGAAUUGCGGAGUUGA